AUGGUGAUAGCUAAACUGUAUUGCCGUAAUGUAUCGCGAUCAGCGAUCGAUUCACAACAUCAACGACUACCACAACAACAACAUCGACCACAACAACAGCAUCGACCACAACAACAACAACGUCGACCACAACAACAACGUCGACCACAACAACAACAUCGACCACAACAACAACAACAUCGACCACAACAACAACAUCGACCACAACAACAACGUCGACCGCAACAAGUACGAAGUACCGAUCUGAUUAUAGUUCAUUCGCAACUACAAGUACAACUUCAACAACAACAGCAACCACAACAACAAGUAAAUUAA